AUGGUUAUUUCGGAUUCUGUAAGAGCGGUACAAAAAGGCUAUGAAGAUUGUAUGCUUUCCUUUACACCUUCAAGCUUGAAGGUUCGCGAAAGCAGUUCGGUGAUUGCAAAGGCAGUUCCCUACACGGGCGAAUUCCGACACUCACAGUACUCCCCACAGCUUUCGCCUACUGAGCUUGGGCUGGUAAGCUCCGGGGCCUCUUUCCUUCCCCUGUGUUCCUCCCCCCGCUUCCUAAAGUACUUUCCUUUGGCUUGGAAGGCAGCCACUUAUUAUGGAAUGACAUAUAUGAUGAUGAUGGUAGCUAUCUGCCUAGCCUCUGUAGCAAUUCACCAACUCUGGGCAUGGCGCAAGAAGGUGCAACAUAAUGAUUCUUUUCAUUUUCCUCAUAAUCCUAGUGAUCUCAUCAUUGCUAAAGCCAAGGAAAUCUAUAAGUGUUUAGUGAAAGCUCUUGAUCUUAAUCAUCGAGAGGUCUUUCUCUUGCCUGGAACUCAGGCUUCAGAAGCAUCUUUAAGCGGAUUCGGAGGUCUGUCUCAUUAG